AACAAGAAGCUGAACAAGAUGAGGGGGAACAUGAACAACAUGAAGAAGAAGAGGAGAGACCAAGACCAAGACCGACUCCUCCUCAGCUUGCCCCUCCGAAGAUUCCCGAGGGAGACAGAGUGGAUUUCGAUGAUAUUCACAGGAAGCGGAUGGAGAAGGAUUUCGCGGAGCUCCAGACUCUCAUCAAUGCUCACUUUGAGCAGCGCCAGAAAGAGGAGGAAGAGCUGAUCCAACUGAAGGACAGGAUUGAGAAUCGUCGUUCAGAGCGUGCGGCGCAGCAGAGGGUUCGAAGUGAGAAGGAUCGCGAUCGGCAGGUCCGCCUCGCGGAGGAGAGGAAUCGGAAGGAGGAGGAGGAGGCUAAGAAGCGGGCCGAGGACGAAGCGAAGAAGAAGAAGGUCCUGUCCAACAUGGGGGCGCACUUCGGAGGCUUCCUGGCCAAGGCGGAGCAUCGCCGCGGGAAGCGACAGACGGGCCGCGAGAUCAAGAAGAAGACGCUGGCGGAGCGGAAGAGAGCCCUGAACAUCGAGGGCCUGCGGGAGGAGGGGCUCAGGGAGAAGGCGGAGGAGCUGUGGAACUGGAUCCAUCAGCUGGAGUCGGAGAAAUUCGACCUGAUGGAGAAAAUGAUGAAGCAGAAAUACCAGAUAAAUGUCCUUUGCAAUCGCAUCACCCACGCUCAGAAAUUCACUAAGAAAGGCGCUGGUAAAGGGAGGGUUGUGGGAAGAUGGAAGUAAAGCAGAGAGACAGGAGGAGAUCUCCACGUUGCUGUGCCUUCAAAUGCUUUCGAAAGAAGAUUCAAGAGAUUCAACCUCCCCUCCCACUCGCUCUCCAAAUUCCAUUCACUCCGUUAUGUACACCCUCUCCUCUCUCCCUCCCCCUCCCUCUCCCUCUCCCCCUCCCCCUCCUCUCUCUUCCUCAUCCCCUCCUUCCUCCCCUCCUCUCCUCUCUCCCUCCCCAUCUCAUCCUCUCCUCUCUCCCUCCCCCUCAUCCCCUCCUCUCUCUUCCUCAUCCCCUCCUCUCUCCCGUGUGUAUUCAGUGUGUUUUGCUGUUUGAUUCAAUGUAACUCUUCUUCAAGGAGACUUUACUCUGCUCAAUAAAUGUAUAAUCACAUAUA